UAAAGCCGAAGAAAUCGGUCGAGAAUUGGCGGCGACGCAGAACGCCAACCAAGCGUUGGGCGACGCCGAGAACGUACACCCUGUCGGAGCGGCGCAAGAUGGCGGUUCGGCGGCGCGGCGUUCAGGAUCAGCCCUCCCCGAUGCUACUGCGGUAGCGGUCGAAAAAGCGCCGAAAGAAGAUAUGGAACGACUAAUAUCGAGCCUGUCGGAGGGUCCAGCUCAAGUGUCUACAUCCCUAAGGAUUCAGCUUUUCAGUACUGUGCGAACGAUGCCACUCGGGUACACGUUCCAAGCUGGAGCGAGUGGCCACUUGGUCACAACAGAUGCCAAGGUUAAGGAGGCAAAUUCCAGAUUGGCCAACAAAGGAGUCUCGGUAAGCCGAAUCGACAGUCGCAACGCGACGCUCCAAAUAGUGGACGAGAAUGUAGCUUCGGCUGCUAUGGCCAAAGAGGAGACCAUUGGCCAUAAAGAAAAGCCUGUGGAGACUGAUCUGCAGUCCAAAAGGAUACGAGUGUCCUUCGAACACAAGACCACCGAGGGCACCGAUGGGCAGACGACUGAUGAGACACUUGUCACCGUUACGAGGGUCGGAAUUAGCGGCGACCUAGCUCGCAAGAUCGUGAAUUUUUUUAUUAAAGGCCUGUAAAUAAACUCCUCCGACCUAAAGUGUCGUUACCAGA